AUGGCAGCCUCCGACGCCGCCGUGAAACGUCCCUCCAUCGAGGAUGUGUCGCUCCCGACGUCCAAAGCUCCAUCGACCACCACUGUCCCGCGAAAAUGGUAUCGCUCGAGUUUCUUCAACGCCUUCGUCAUUGGUGGUGUAGGUUUCCUGGCACCUGGUCUGUGGAACGCGAUGAACGAUCUCGGAGCCGCCGGCGCUCUUGACCCAUAUCUUGUGAAUGCGGCCAACGCUCUGAUUUUCGGCAUCAUGGGCUUCUUGUGCUUGUUCGGCGCACCGAUUGCGAACAGGAUUGGAUUGGCGUGGACUCUGUUCUUGGCGGGUCUGUACACCAAUAACCGCUAUGGCAACGUCUGGUUUGUCCUGGUGGGCGCGGUUGCAUGCGGUGUCAGCGCGGGUCUAUUCUGGGUCUCUGAAGGCACCGUCGCCCUUGGGUAUCCCGAGCCUGGCAAACGCGGAAAAUACAUGAACAUCUGGCUGUGGUUCCGCACCGGCGGCCCGAUGGUCGGCGGCGCCAUUGUGCUUGCACUGAACCACUCCGCAUCAGCGAAAAAGAAGGGGAAGGUAGGCUAUCAAGCCUAUCUUGUGUUCAUCGCUCUACAAUGUAUCGCGUGCCCACUUGCGCUUGCGCUCAGCCCUCCAGACAAGGUUCAGCGAAGCGAUGGCUCCAAGGUCAUCAUCAAAGCGGAGAAGUCAUUCAAGGACGAAGUCAAAGCAUUGUGGCGCACUUCCAAACGCAAAGAUGUCCUGAUGUUGCUUCCGGUCUUCUAUGCUGCGUACUUCAAUCAGUACUCCGGAAACUUCAAGACGUACUAUUUUGGUGUUCGCGCGAGAGCGCUUAUCGGUUUCGUGGGAAACUUUGGCACUUUGCUAUCAUCCCAGCUGAUCAGCAUGUUUCUAGACUACAAGAAACUGUCUGUUAAACAGCGUAUCACCUUCGGCUUCUACUACGUCAUUGCGCUGCAUAUCCUCGCCUGGACCUACGGCUGGGUCAUACAGGAGAAAUACACCCGAAAUCCACCAGCAAUGGAUUGGGAGGACUCCGGAUUUACUGAAGGCUUUUUCGUGAUCAUACUUUGGGACUUUGCACGUCAAUCGCUCCAGAACUGGCUGUACUAUCUUCUUGCGACGAAGACGGACAAUAUAUCUGAGCUAUCUCGAUUUUCAGGAAUUUUAAGAGGCCAAGAGAGUUUUGGACAAGCCGUGUCUUUCGGCUUGAACACGAAGAAAUGGAAAGGUGGCAGGGUGCCAUUGGCUGUGAACACAAUUCUUCUAGGUCUAGCUGUGUAUCCGACUUGGCUAGUAGUAAAGGAUCACGUACCCGUCGAGGCAGCGGAUGGGAUCGCCGAGGAAAACAUGAUCGAGCAAGCACCAGAUCUGGAAGCUAAGAAGACAUUUGCGAAAGGAGAGGCUGCCGGAUCGGGGAACCUAUGAGUGGAUGUUGGAGGAAGG